AUGGACCGACUUGCACUGUUCCCGGUCGUCGAUUCGACCCGCUACUGUACAGAGUCCUUGGUUCGGAGCCUUCCAGACGGUCUCACGGGCCUACCGGUGCUGCCCCCGAUGAUCGUGACCGGCGAGCGACGCUACAUCAACAACAUGCGAAUGGUGCUGCGGUACCUGAAACAGGUCGGAAAAGCCUGCAAACGCCAACAAGCCCACGAAGCAUACGAGAAAGUUUUCUACUGGCGUGUCUGUGUCAAGUUCGCGCAUGACAUUGAUGAAAAUCUUGCACAGCUAUUCCUCCAGCAGGACGAUCAAGCGUACAAGUUGAGGCACGAGGAUCCAGAGACAGACACUCCAACCUCGCCGAGAUCCCCCAAUUCCAGCUGCGAGGUUUCUACCACACAUGCUAGCUCGGUGACAAGCGAUGAAGAUGGUAAUGUCAAUACCAUCAUGGCGGAGUGCAAUGAGGAUUGUGUGAUCGAUGUCGAUCUGGACAAUACAGAAACUACUCCUGAUGGACCAAUGAGCCUUGACACUCAGUCAGCGAGAUCUCCAAAUACAAAAGAUCAAGUUGCCAUACAACACUGGACGACUCUUGACGCUCAUGAGAGUAACGGUGGACUUGCUGGACACGAGUCUUUGGCUGGCUGCUGUCCUGAGUAUGCCGUGGAGGAUAAAGAUGACUCUGACCAUCCCACUAUCACUCAACCAUGUCAUACGAUCGGAGUUUGUCAGUUUGAGGGCGAUGCCGCCGACGAGGGCCUUGAGUUUGAAUUCGACUUUGAUUACCCUCUCGAACAAAUUGAAGCCCAAGAUGCGCACGUCAAAGACAUGAGAGUCAAAGAUAUUCUUGACGAAGAGACAACUCCAGAGGAUCCGACGAGACAACCGGUAGGAGACCAUGACCUGGUCGGAAAGUGUCUUGAGAGCGAAACCGGCAGCGCUGUCGAGGAUGUGGAACAGGCACCCGCUAUCUUGAUCAGAUCAUCUGCGCCCAAAGAGUAUGACGAUCUCUUGCAUGUGUUCCUCUUCCCCCGAGACGAUGGGCCACCACACGACGACAAUGACCUGGAAAAUACCUCUGCGGACGAUGAAUCCACUCGACAACAUGAAGAUGAAUCCACUCAACAACAUGAAGACGAAUCAAUCCAGCAAAAUGAAGCACAGCCGGAUAUCUCAGUCGCAGCUCGUGAGCUGGAAGUCGAAGUGGAGAAUGAACCAAAGAUUGUCGGUGCAGAGGCACAUGGAGAUCUCUUGCAUGUAUUCCUGUUCCCGCGAGACGACGGACCAUCUCUCAAAGCUGCCGAGACAGACAAGCAGCACGAAUUUGAUGAAGAAUUCGAACCAGCCAAACACAACGAGUCUGAUGAAGUGACCAUACUCCAAUACCAACGUCAGCCAGGCUCCAAUGACCCGAGAAACUCGUCCGAAGUGCCCAGAACCGACUCGGUGGCGGCGGCUGAUGUCCACGCAGCGAACACCAAGGAGUAUGACGACCUCGCUCAUGUAUACUUAUUCUCGAGACAUGAUGGACCCAUGGUGACCGCUCAUGAAGCCACUCAUGCGGACCAGCACCAAGACUUCUAUGGAGUCAAAAAGGAUGAUUGUGACUGUGAUCAACAUGAUAGUGGUUAUAGUCAGGAAGACCGACACGACCACAGUCAGCUAGAUGAACAUGGCAGUGACAACAGUCAGGUAGACAGACUCGGCGACUGUCUCGCACUGCACUUGGAUGACCAUUAUGAAUCUACAUCCGCCGACUGUGGUACACACAAUGUCGACGACCAGGGAGGCCUGCUACAUGUCUUCCUGUUUCCCCGAGAGGAUGGACGGACAUUCGAACCCGGACAUGAACAACCGCAUGGACCAGGACAUGGUGAAACACCUUUGCAAGCGUCAAAGGGAGGGACAUUUGAACAAGGCUCUGGCAACGAGACAUUAGCUACUCAAGCGAACGGGCUCGAUGGGUUUCAACAGCCUGUAGAAGAAGAACAAGCCAGCAGAGAUGGCGAGGAGUUGAUCGACGGUCAUGUUUCAGAGACAGCAAACCGUGCAGAGGAUCACCAUGCUUCGGCAGAGAUGGCCGUCGAAUCAACGGUACCAUCAACAUCAAAGGGCGACUUUGAACUUGACGGGACGGUCGAGGUGAAUCCAACAGCCAUCCUCACUCCCGGUCGAGAGGUCCUCAAUCAGGACGCUCCGUGUGACUUUGACGCCGCGGCCGGAGAGCCGGAUACUGCUGAUGAAGACUCGACUUUGGUCGCAGACACCACUGCCGCCCUCACUCCAGAAAGCUUGAAGCUACUCCAGUUCGAAACCGUGUGGGAUAGCAUGUCGGAACAGAAAUCAGCAUCAUCAACAACAACAGUCAGCCACAGUCACAGUACCAGUGACAAUGACGUUGCUGAGAUCCGCUUACAGGCUGAGUUGCGAACCGAUAACCCCAAAAUUGAUCAGAGCAAAGAAGCCGAGAACGAUAUGCAGAGUGGAUCUUUGAACAGCAAGGAGACCGCAGAAAUGGAGGCUCGUGAGAGUAACAAGACUGAAGAGAUACGACCCACUGACACUAACACUGGCACUGGAGUCGUCGAUCCCAAAACACCCGAUCAGACAAGCCGUGUCAACGAUACUUAUCCGACAAGCGAACAAUGCAGCCCUGACGACUCAUAUCCGCCGCCGCCAGAAUGGUCGCUCUCGGCCAUCCUCCUGGGCGUAACGGCCGGUGCGAUUGUGGUGGCGGUGCGGGCGCCGGUGAUUUCGGCUUUCCUCUUGUGCGGUGGUAUUGCGUAUGCGAAGUACCAGUUGAGCUGGACUCGAUGA